CUCCUCCACACCACGCCAUCGUGGCCCUCCUGACGUCUCUCCUCGGUCCUGCUCGUCCAUCUUCGCCUCUGGACGACAACCUCUUCACCGAGUCAGAGCUGCUUGCUGCGUCUGCGUCUUCCAUUGCAUCUGAGCGUGCAGCUGCAAUUGCGUCCUCCCACACCACCGGGUACCAUCCCCUUCGCUCUCCCUUGCCCCUGGCCCAAGAUUCUAGUGUCGGUGACUAGGCACGACAACACGCCUUCGCCUUCAAACUCGAUUUCGACCCCCCCGAUUCCGACGACGAAUUCGACACUCUGGAUAUCACUACACUCAUCCUGCAGACUUGACAUUAUCCCGCAAGACUGCGCUCUUGUCGGUCGUAUCUGCAUCAAUCUACGCUACACAAUUACACCAGCCUCACGAUUUCGGACCUGAACACGAUAGAACGGUCCGUGUAGGACCCAUCUCUCGAUACGAUGGCUUCCUCUUCGAGCAACGUCGUCGGCGUACACUACCGCGUGGGAAAGAAGAUUGGUGAGGGUUCGUUCGGCGUUAUUUUCGAAGGCACCAACCUCCUCAACAACCAGCAAGUCGCCAUCAAGUUUGAACCUCGAAAGAGUGACGCUCCUCAGUUGCGCGAUGAAUACCGGACGUACAAGAUUCUUGUCGGAUGUCCGGGCAUCCCCAACGUCUACUACUUCGGCCAGGAGGGCCUACACAACAUCCUUGUCAUUGACCUCCUAGGUCCCUCGCUUGAGGAUCUGUUCGACCACUGUGGUCGGAGAUUCACCAUAAAGACCGUUGUCAUGGUUGCCAAGCAGAUGCUCUCAAGGGUUCAGACGAUCCACGAGAAGAACUUGAUCUACCGUGACAUCAAGCCCGACAACUUCAUUAUCGGCAGGCCGGGCACUAAGGCCGCAAAUGUCAUCCAUGUUAUCGACUUCGGCAUGGCCAAGCAGUACCGCGACCCGAAGACGAAGCAGCACAUUCCUUACCGCGAACGCAAGUCACUCUCCGGUACAGCUCGUUAUAUGAGCAUCAACACCCAUCUUGGCAGGGAACAGUCUCGCCGUGAUGACUUGGAGGCGCUCGGUCACGUUUUCAUGUACUUUCUCCGCGGUGGUCUGCCCUGGCAAGGUCUGAAGGCUGCUACCAACAAGCAAAAGUACGAGAAGAUUGGCGAGAAGAAGCAGACGACCCAAAUUCGCGAUUUGUGCGAAGGCUUCCCCGACGAACUGAACAAGUACCUCACAUACGUACGAAACCUGGGCUUCGAGGACACUCCUGAUUACGACUACCUGCGGGAGCUCUUCACGCAAGCCCUCAAGAAUACGGGCGAGGUUGAGGAUGGCGAAUAUGACUGGAUGAAGAUUUCCAAGGAUUCGGGGAAAGGUUGGGACGGGUCGAAGGGGCACAACAACGCGUACCUGCACAACCCCAACGCUCGACCCGGGCCGUCCCAGAUGGAACUCCACAGCGGUCAGCGCGGCGGCGCGAGCGCAGCUCACGCGCAAGCGCAGAACCUGACGGUCAGCCGUUUAAACGCCGCGCAACCCCCGCCUCCAUCGCCGAUCAAACAAAUGAACAAAGGUCGGCCAAACGCGCCCGGCGCCUUGGGCGCCCAGCGGAGCAGCGGAGUCGGGGGUCUCCGGGACAUGGCGACGCCCGCCGGAUCAACGCAGGCGCAGUUCCAGAACAGCAACCGCAAUCUGCCUCAGACUGCUCCUCAGCAGAGUCCUGCCCAGCCGGCCCAGCCUAGUGGACGCUCUCCUGAGCCCCAGCCUUCCGGCAUGCAGAAGUUCAUGAAGGUCCUUUGCUGUUAGUGUCCCGGAUUUACUUGGUGUUGUCUUGGCCAUACCAGGAACGGGACCAGCUAGCUCCUUUCAAGCGAUUAUAUACACAUGCGGAUUCUUGUUGAUCCAGCUUCUGCACGUCGAUAUGCGUGGUGUAUUUCUCUGGUCAUGAGCGGCCGCGGACCACCGCGAGAGCCACCUGACUGCUAUGCCACGGGAUUUCAUCAACGACCUCUGCACCGCGCCUCGUUGGACAUUUCUUCCCGUUCUGAUCACGCCAUCAGAGCUGAUCAUCCGCAACAUGUCGACGACGGCACGACUUUUACUUUUUUCUUUUUCUUCUUCGGGCAUUCUCCUUAUCUUGGCGUAGCGGUGUUCAUUCAUCCUUCUCUCACAAGAGGAGAGACUGCGCUACAUCACUGGCAUGCAAAAAAACUCGACUUCGGGACCCGGACCUUAUUUCCUUGAGGGCCUGAAUGUUUCAGCCGAAACAAAAAAAUUACUACAUCCUGUUAAUGCACAGCGCGCAGUACGGCGCAUGGCGGGCGAAGGCGGUCGGUGGGGCUCCAUGGCAUUGGGCUGAUUCUGCAAUACGUUCGUGUACUGUUCAUAAUAACACCAGCCGUGUAGUGCGAGGACGGAGACAGUUGGCUUCGUGCCUUGCCAAGUGAUCUUGGGCAAGAUGCGGAGGGAGCAGACAUCAGAGGACGACACGCUUCUGGGGAAGCUGAUGGACAGAUGGGCUGUGGAGGUUGAGCAGGUGGGCUGUUCGUGUUGGUUGAUAGACGUGAGAAUAUAAGGAAAUGACUUCAUACAUG